AUGGAAGAACAGUUGUUACAACCUGUUACUUAUGGAUCUGUAAUAUAUUUAUCAACGGAGAGCAAUCUAAAUAGUUUCAUGUUCAGUGAUGGAUUCAUGGAUAAGAGUGUGAAACUAAAGAGUUUUGAAUCUAUUUGUGGAGUGGUAACUUAUGAAAAUUAAAGUAUAGGAUUAUUAUGAUUUUUCUUUCAGCUUAUUCAUGGUACUUCCUUUUUCUAGUAUUCAAUCAUUUGAACAUUAAGCAAAUGUGAUUUAAGAAUGGCGAAAGAAAUUAAUUGAUAAUAAUGAAAAUAGUAUUAAUAGUUAAUUAUAUUAGAACUGGAAAAGAGAAGAGAAGCAAUAUAAGAGAUGUGGAAUAAACUAGAAUCAGAAUAUUAAUUUAAUUUGGGAGUAAUUUAGAAAAGUUAUAAUUCUUCAAUAUGUUUUGCAAGUAGUAAUUUUAUGUUAUUACACAUAAACUCACUUAAAUUCCUUACUUUAUAUUAGGAUGAUAAUAACAAUUUAUUGUAACAUAUGAAUUAAAUUUAAUAGUCUUUAAUUAACUGAGAAUCCUGAUGAAUGUUGUUUUUUCAAUUUUGAUCCAUCAUUAAAAUUAUAAAGAGGUAGAUCAGAUAAUUUUGUUUAUGAAGAUGAGAUUGUAUAUAUUGCAUGUGCUAAAAAAUAUAGUGGGAAAUCACCAUAUUUAAGUGUCAUUUAAAAUGAUACUAUUAUUGGUUUGAUAGAUUCAAAAGAGAAUUGGAAAGUUAAUAUAUAUGAAUAACCAUAUAAAGAAUCUACAUAUAUGAGAGUUGGAUCAUGUGUUUGGAUUUUAAGUUCAGAAAUGCCAUUAUUCUUUACUUGUUAAAGAUCUGAAGAUCCCUAUUAUUAAAUGUAUUUGACUACUAAAAAUCCUAAUUUAAUGAAGGAAAAAAAAAAUAUUUUAUAUGAAUGGUCUCAGAAUGAGAAAAAAGAUAUUAAAGAAUAAUUUCUUAAUUAACCUAGAGAAUUAUUAUUAGAUGGAUUAUAAAUCUUAUUAACUUUAAUUAAAGAACCUAAAAUUGGUUAAUCUGAUGAAUUAAGUCCAUUUGGAUUAUGGAAAAUAGAGUCUAAUAAUGUUAAAAUUGGAGGUGAAUUGAAAUGGGAUUAGACUUAUAGAUUAAAAAAUAUCAUAACUGGAUGUUAUUUAUCUGUUUAAGGAGCUCCUUAAAGUGAAAGAUUAAUGCCAUAUAAUAGAGCUAAUAUUAGUUCAAAAUAUCCUGAUUUCUCUUGUACUGAAUUUAGGUUUGUUCCUAUCGAUAAUCUUAUUUAAUAUAAAGGAAAAACUAAAUCAAUUUAGAAAAUAUCAAAAGAUGCUUUUUUUAUGAUUUAACAUGCUAAAACUGGAUUAUGGGUUUCACUUAAUUAAAAUGAAGGCAUUUAAUAACCUUAUUUACUAGGAUAUAUUAAGGAUAUUAAUACCUAUAGAUUUAGAGAAGCAACUUUGUAAUAAGUAUGGGAAACUUAUUGUAUUACUGCUAGUUAAAAGUUAUUAAUAAAAUUUGUAGAAUAUCCUAGAUCAGAAUUAGAAAGAUAAUAAUUUGAUUUUCUUUUUGAAAGAGUCAAAGAAAUGAUUUAAUUUUUAAACGAAUUUUUAACAAAUAGUUAAGUUGCUAAUAUGAGUUUGGAUUAAGAACCAUUAUAAGUAUGUAGAGGAAGAUAGGAUAGAUUUAAAGAAUAAUAUUCAUUGGGAUUACUUUGUUGGUUAUUAAUAGAAAUAUUUCCAACUUUUGAUGAAUUUGAACUUUACUAAAUUAAUCCAGAUGAUGGAUCUAAAUGGACUCUUAAAAGAAAAAAAGGUCAUUCUAAAAUAUGUAUAAUCAUAUCAUAAUUAUAAUAGAAAACACAUCUAUAAAAUAAGAAUCAGAAAUUAUUAAGAAAAGAUAUGAAAUCUGUUAGUUAGGCUAUAAAUUGUUAAGCAUUUCUGCUACCAGAAAUCAUGAAAAUUAACAAUUCAUCCUAAAAUUCCUUACGAAUUUAAGUAAUCAUAUUGGAUUUGGUUCAUUUGUAACCUAGUCAUUAAAAUUAUGUUUUAGAGACAACAAGGAAAUCCUAGAAGAUUUGCAUCGAUAAAAGAUUAAUGAAAUUGCUUAGAACUAAUAUUAAGAUAUCUUUUAAGCAAUGGCUCAUAGAUUAAAAUUAUUUGAACCUUAUUAUAAAGUUGAAAUACUAUAAUUACUUUCUGCAUUUACUUCAUAAGAACAUUAAUCAAUAUACAUAAAUUAAGAGAAAAUUUUUUAAGCUAUUGUAGAAAAUAAAAAUUUCUUAUUUGGUCAUCUGAUGAGAAUAGAUUACUUGGAAAAUAAUCUUCUAGUGGAGUAUAGAGUUUUUGUUGAAAGGGAAUAUGAAAGCAAAUAAUUGUAAAUUUAAGAAUUCUUUUCAAAACCUAGCGAAUUUCUAAGAUUUAACAUUGAUAACAAAUUUAUUGAUUUACGAAUUCAACAAUAUUUCCUUGAAUAGCUUAGAUUAUAUGCAAAACUGUGUUAAAAUAGAAACUAUGCUUGUGUUAAGAAUCUUUAGGAACUAUUGCCACGAAAAGCUUUAUUGUAUUAUUUAGAAACUUCUAUAGAUGAUGAGAUUAAGGCCAUAUUAUGUUAGUUAAUUUUAAAUCUAUAUAUUGAUUAAGAACCCAGAAGCAUUAUAAAUAAGCCUAGCUUUGUUAGAGUUUUAAAUUACAAUAAUUAAAGUGGAAAGGAUGAUAUUACUGAUCGAUUUAUAGAAAUUAAUCUUACAAAUGACAUAGAAGGAACUUACUUGAUUAGAAAAUGGUUAGUGGAAUAUUUAAAAGCUAAAAUUGAUUAUUUAGAUAACCAAAAUAUUAAUGAAGAUAAAUCAAUAAAUAUAUAUAAUGAAUUAACAUAUGAAGUUAUCAGAUGUUUAAGUUUGAUGGUUAAAUUUGGAUUAUUCUCUAAGCAUGCAAAUUAAUUGCUUAAAACUACAUUAAAAUCAAAUAAUCAGAGAUUUAAAUUGAAUGAUUUAGACAAUGAUUUAAAAGAUUUAGUUUGCUAUUUGGCAAAAUUAUUAGAAUAUGACCAUAAUUACUUUUAGGAAUUAAAGAUAAAUUAAAUUAAAAGAUCAUAUAUGGAAUAAAAGGAAGAUUUAAAAUAUAUGAUCAAUUUAAAUAUCUUUCAAAAAGCUAAGGUUGAAGAAGAAGAAGAAGAGUAAGGGAGUUCAUAAAAAGAAUAAGAUUUAUCACAAUCAUUUCCUUUUUUGAAAAGAUAUACAAGUUUAUUCAAAUUAAUAAAAUAUUUUACAACAAAAACUUGUAAAUUUUAACAAUAAAGUAAAUUCUUUAUUUUAAUAAAAAAAUAAAUAUGUGCUAUCUUUUAAACUCUUUUAGAGUGGAGAGAAGAUAUUUAAAUUGGUAAAGCACUACAUUGGUUUUAAAGAAAUCAAAAUGAUUAUUCUAAAAUAGAUGAUGAAAAAAAUGUAGAUCAAAUAAUGCCAAAUUUUAGUGUAGAUCCUGGUAAAUUUAAAAAAGAAGAUGAAAAUAUUCAUCCUGAAGAAGAAAUACAAGACUUCGAUUAUAUUCUUGAAAGACCUUUUGUAGAAGUAUUGAUUUUAGCAUUUUAUUUUGCAUAAGAUCCCGAUCUAUAGAAUUCUGUUGUAAAUUUGAUAUAUAAAAGAUUUACAUAAAGAAAAAAAUUGUUAUUAAAUCUAAAAAAAGUUUCACUUGUAUAAGCUGAUAAUAAUUCCUAUAAAGCUUUAUCCACAUUAGUUAAUGAUAUAAAGAAUUAAAUCAGCUAUAGUUAGUCUUGGUUAUAAAUAAUAGAAUCAAAUAUAUAUGAUGAAAAGGCAGAAGAAGCUUUACAUUAAACUGUUUAAAAAUUUGACUAAAUUUUAAAAGAAUUUGAACUUUAAUGUGAUCCUGAAUCAUUUAUAAUAAAAUAGAAAAUAUUUAAACAUUUGGGAGGUCAUAAAUUAAUUUUAAAAUUCUUAGAAGCAGGUAUUAGAGUAAUUUAUUCAAAAAUUAAGUACUUUCAUAUUUCUUCAGAUGAAGAAAAAGAUUAACCUAAUCUUGCCAUAACACCAGGAAUGAAUAAGGCAAGAAACUUACCUCCUUUAGUAAUAGAAUAAAAAAAAUCUGAAUCCACAGUUGUUGAGAAUUAAGAUUAAUAUUCAUAUCGAAAACAAUUUAUUUACUAUGUUAUUAAGGUUUUUACUACUUGUCAUCAAAUUUUAAGUAAAUUUGCUGAGGGUAAUAAAAGUAAUCAGAAUUCUAUUUAUAAAAUAUAUGUUACUUUAUUAGAUAAACCAGUUAGAAUAAAUAUUGGAUAAGUAUCAUUUCUAUAAUCUCUAUAUAAUAAUAAUGUGGAUUUAUGUUUAAAGCCUUAAGAUUAAUGUUUUGAUUACAUUUAGCAUUUAAUUAAUGAUCAUGGUCAUUAACAUGAAUUUUUAGAAGUGAUGCUUGUGUUUUUAAGAGCAUCAAAAGAUACAGAUUCAUAUAAAAUAUAAAUAGCAAUAAUUUCUAAGAUUUUAUCAAAUUAUCGUUAUUUUGAUCCAAAUAAAACAGUAGUUCCAAAAAAGGAUUUACCAAUAUUUUAUGAUGAAAAUGGUUAAGAAGAACGGUAAUUAAUGUUUAGGAAGAAAUUUAUAUAAUUAGUUAGUGGAUGUAUUGAGGGUGAUAUUAGUGUUAAUUUUAUUGUUUAAUUAUAGGAAAAUCUUUCAGUAAGAUAAUUAUUAUAAAUGUUACUGAAUGAUACGAAAUCUUUGACUGGAUCAUUAGUUAUUAAGGAAUAAAUAUUUUCAAUAUUAAAAAUUUAUUUUGAAAAAAUUGAUAAAGCUUUACACGAUUUUUAAAAAUGCUGUGCAGAAUUUACAAAAUUGUUAUAAACUGUUUCAUAAAAGAUGUAAUAUCCAAGUAUAUCAAAAGAAGAUUAAUCUUUUAUAGCAUUAUAGAUAGUGAAAUUAGUAAAUGUUUAUUUUGUUAAUUUUUUGAAAGAUAUUGGAAUGAUAUCUUUAAAAAUGUUAGCUUAAGAUUAAAGUAUUUAAAAAGAGAAAUUCAUAUUUUAAUUUGCUUAACAAUUAGUAAAUUCUUUGCAAAAGUUUGAAAAAUUGUAAAUUUACAAGUCAGGUUUUAUGGAAUUAUCAAAUAAUUUUAAUCUUGAAAUUCCUGAAGAUUAUUUCAACAUAUCUGAAAACAAUAAUUAGGAGAUAAAUGAUAAUAUAAAUAAAGCCUCUGUUGUUUAGGAAUUAGAUUCAGAAUAAUAAGAUACUGCUUCUUCAUUUUAAUCUUGGAACAAAUUUGUAAAAAAGAUUUUAAGAAGUUAAUCAAUAAAAAAAGCAGUUUUAAAUGAAAGAAUAAAAUUUAAAGAGGUAAUUUUAAAUGUUUAAGACAUAUUUGAAAAACCAAAAGAAACGAUGGAUAUUAGACUUAAGGAUUUAAUUAUAUCUAGAGAUGAUUUAAUUGUUAAACUAUUAAGCUAUAUUGAACAUUGGAAAGUUAGAAAAGCAAGUCGACAUACUGUUAUUUUUAUAAUAAAAUCGAUAAGAGCAUUAUUAGAAAUAAAAAAUGAAAAGUAAUUAGUAAAAAUGUAAGUUCAUUUAGAUUCACUUAAAGCUACAUAAAUAGCUUUAAGAUUGUAUUGGAGUGAAAAAGCUACUGAAGAUAUAUACAUUUAUUAAUUAAUAAAAUGGAUAAUAGCAUUACUUGAUGGUGGAAACAAAGUAAUAUAAAUGAGCAUAUUAAAUUUAAUGAAAAUGAAUUCAGAUAGCGAAGCAUUCUUUUAAAAAAUAUACGCUAUUUUAACAGAAUAUAUGGCUUCAAUGCGUAAAGUAAGAAAGAAGGAUGAUUAGAAAAAAAUAAGAAAAAGAAAAUUUAUUGCAAAAACAUUGUAGGUGAUUCAACUAUUAUGUGAAGGUCAUAAUAAUGAACUCUAAAAUUAUUUAAGAUAAUAAACAAAUUCUAAAGUAUCCUAUGAUAUUGUAUCAUUAAUGGUAAAAUUAGUAAUUUCGAAUAGAAUAUCUGAUGCAACAUAUGAAUCUCUUGUUUAAUGUUUAGAUACUUUAACUGAAGUAGUUUAAGGACCUUGUAAAGAGAAUUAAGUUGUUAUAGUUACUAGUAAAUUUGUAUCAUGGAGUGUUGAUUUGAUAAAAGAAGAUCUAAAACUAUUUGAAUAAAAUAAAAUAGAUAUUCCUCAAGUAAAAUUGAAAAGAUUGAAAUUGAAAUGUACAAAUACAGUACUUAGUUUGAUGGAACUAUAAGAAGAGAAUGAUGAAAUAAUGAAUCUUUUAAUUAGAAGUAUUCCUAUUACAGUAUUAAUUAAUGAAUUGGCAAAGUUUUAUAUAUUAUAUACUUCAAUAUAUAAGAAAGAAUAUGUUGUUGAAUGUUUUAAAACUUAUUUAGAUGAAAAUGAUGGUUUUUAGACUAAAAAAAAGAAUGAAUGUAUUAUCGAGUAUGGUUUUAAUCUAUUUAUCAUAAUCAAUAUUUUAAUGUUGAAAAAUAAGAAAUCUCAAGAAAGUGAUCUUGAUGAGAUUCGUAAAUUAAUUGAAGAAUAUUAAUUUGUCAACAAAAAAUCAAAUCAAGGUUUGGAAGGUUUAUUAGACCUUAAAAUAAAUUUAGAUCUGAAUAUUAAAAUUAAUUUACCAUUUGGUUAAGUUGAGGAUGAAGAAUCUAAUGAAUUAAAAAAAGCAUAGGAAAUGAAAAAAGCAUAAAAAGAUGCAUAUAAAUUCUUUUCUGAAAAUACUGUAUUUAUAGAGAUAGCGAGAGAUGAAUAACUUCAUAGAAUUUAUUUUCCUUUAUUACCUUAAUGUAAAAUGUUAUCAAAAGAAUCUAGAAAAGACUUUUGUGAAUAGGUUGAUCAUUCUUCAAUUAGAGAUAAAUUAGUAUAUUUAAUGACUUCUGCUGAUUAAAUGAGAAAAGUAAUGGAACAUGAAGAAUUAUUAAGGAAUUUAUUUAAAAGAUUAAAAGUUGUAGAGUUGAUUGCUACUCAUAAAUUAUUGUGGGAGUAAUUAGCAUUCAUAACUAAUGUUAUAAUAAAUUUGGUAAUUUUAUGUUCUUAUGGAAAUUAUGCAUAUUCUGAUUAUUUAGCAACACCAUUCCCAAUUAGUUUUAAUGGUAUACAAUUUACAUUAGAUUGGGUAGUGUAAAAUCAAUUAUAUUAUGAUACUACUUAACCUGAUUCUGAAUUACUUUGGUAUGCAAGAUUAUAUUAACCACGUUUAUUUUAUGUUUCUGAUUUUACAUGGACUAAUACACUUAUAGUUAUUUUAGGCUAUCUAAAUUUAGGAUUCUCAUUAUUAGUCAUAACAUUUUUUGCUAUAAAAAAGGCACCACUUUUAAUUACUGAUAUGUGGGUUGAAUUUUUAAGUAAACCUAUGGGAUGUCUAGAAAGAACUAUUAUGAGUUUUGUUAUGAUAGUUAAAUCAUUUAUUAAUUGUUUAGUUGAUUUUGAUUUUGCUUAUUUUUGUGGUUAUAUGGCUUGUAUUAUUGUUGGAUUAGUUAUUCAUCCUUUUGCAUUUGUUUUAUUACUUGCUGAUUUUCUUAGAAUAUCAACUCUUAAAAUUGUAAUUAAAGCUAUUUGGAUUAGUAAAAUAUAAAUGGGAUUAUCAUUUUUAGUAUUUUUAUUAAUUGAAUAUUAUUUUGCUGUUAUUGGAUACCUAUUUUUUUGGGAUCAAUAUUAAGAUUAAUCAUGUUAAAUUAUGUGGAGAUGUUUUUUAUAAACAUUUGAUUAAACAUUCAAAAAUGGUGGAGCCAUUGGUGAUUAUUUAGCAGAUACUUAAUUAUAAAAUCCAGCUGGCUCUUAAUUACCUAUUAAUUAUUAAUUGACCUCAUCUUAAUAGGAUAGAUUUAUUUAUAGAUUUGUUUUUGAUGUUCUUUUUAAAUUUAUUUUAGUAUUUUUGAUUAUCAAUAUGGUUGCUGGUAUUAUUAUUGAUACUUUUGGUGCUUUGAAAGAUGAAAUGAUAGAAAAGUAAUCUAAUUUAGAAGACUAUUGUUUUAUCUGCGGAAUUUAAAGUGAAAAAUUAGACAAAAGUACUUAAUAUGGGCAUUAUUCACAUAUUAAAAAAAAUCAUCACAUGUGGAAUUAUGUAUAUUACAAAGUAUAUUUAUUUUUUAAACCAAAAAAUGAUUUAUCAGGAAAUGAAACCUAUGUAAAAAGAUUAAUGAUCAAUAAUGAAAUUGAUUGGUUCCCUGUUAAGAAAGCAAUUGGAUUCACAGAUGAAGAUGAAGAAGAUGAAGAAUAAAAUGAAGACAAUCUGUAACUUAUCGAAGAAACAUACUAAGAGGUUUAUAAUUGAAUAAAUAUUUUAUUAGGUAUAAGAACUUGAAUAAUAAGCUUUAUCCACAAAUCAAAAAUUAAAAAUGUUUAUUUGA